AGAUGUUUUUUAUUUUGUUACAUGAAAUAGACAAGUACUCGCUUUUGUUAGAUGCAUCGAUUCAAUUAUGCGUAGACGGAACUGAAGAGGAGUAGAAAAACAUUCCUGUCGGAUCAAUAAUAAACGGACUGAACCAUGUGUGGCUCUUAGAGUAUUACUAACUAGAGGAUGUGAGUUGUGUGUGUGUGCUCCAGAUGAUGGAGGACUUCUCGGGGCUGGCUCUUCCUCCUCUUUUCGGGGGACACAUCCUGGAAGCAGAUCUGGAGCCGGGGGGCGUGGAGCUGGGCCCCAGCGGCACUGAGCUCCUGGGGGACGAUGGAGCCCCGCCGGGCCCCGCACAGGACCAGGACGAUGAGACGAGGGAGAUGGACAAAAAGAAGUAUCACGCUCUCAGCAGGAGGUGCAAGGAGAUUGAGCAGGUGAUUGAGAAGAUCGUGGGACGCCUUCACCAGGUGCAGAGACUGGCACGCCGACUGAGGAAAGAGAGGAGGUUUCUAAUGAAGACACUGGACUCGUAUGGAGAUGAUUACAGGACGGCACAGCUCACCUUCACACUGGAGGAUGAGGGGAAGGCAGGUUUAGAUCCAGCUGCUGGUGCUGAAGAAGACAGCUCUUCUCCAAAGCUUCCUCAUCAGUCAGCGGCUGGAUCAAAGAAAAAGAGACACCGGGUCCCAAAGGACAGAGAGAGAGUUGCACAGAUGGAGGCGGAGCAUCCGCUGGUGACGGAGGGUCAAUUCACAGGAUUCAGCCCCAGCUCACCCCCCCACUGAUCCAGACCAGGACACCCUCGAACCCCAGCAUGCAUCAAAGACGACGACGUUUCUGUUGAGAA